AUGGCAAGUCCACGAAUCCGCAUUGUCGGUGCCUAUGCUGGAGAGACAGGGGAUGUUGUUGUUGAGGGUAUAUGUCCCCCACCUUGUAAGACCAUGGACGAGUACCGGACAUGGUUUAAGAACAAUGAUAGCUUACGCAAGGUAUUAAUGUAUGAACCACGAGGUCGGCCAACAAUGUUUGUUAAUGUGGUUCUUCCCCCCCCUAUAUCCUCCGAAAAAGCGGAUUAUGGACUUAUAAUUAUGGAGUCAUCCUGCAAGGAAUAUCCAAAGCUGUCUGGUUCCAAUGUAAUGUGUGUUGUUACUGUCUUAAGAGAGACAGGAAGAAUACCUCAAGGGAGCCCAGAGGACCCAGAUGACCCAAAGAGCUUAUACAAACAAGCUGUGAAAAUUGCUACAGCUGCUAGAAGCAGACCGAUCACAGCCUACGCACAUUGCGAUAGAUAUGGACGAUGCGUCGGUGCAUCUUUUGAUAAUGUACCAUCUUAUUUCCACAAAAGGUAUGAUGGCGUUGAGCUCCCAGAUCCGAAUCCGGAUCCGGAUAAUACGCCAAAUACUGUGAAAGUUUCGGUUGAUGUUGCCUAUGGGGGUCUGGUAUGUGCAUUUGUGGAUACACGAGCUGUUCUUCAUAGGUCGUUGCAGAAAGAAGACGCAGUGAAAUUGGCAAAACAAGGAAAAGUCUGGAGGGAUAAAAUAAAUCAAAUUGUGGACCCUGAGAAACAGGUUGAUAUUGUCAUAGUGUAUGACGACGAGGAUCAUCCAGACAUAAAUGAUAAAAUCAGUGCAUCUACUAUGAUGACUAUUUUGCCAUCUCAGGUCAUCGAUCGCGGUCCAUGUGGUACUUGCACUUCAGCUCGUAUGGCUGUACUUGAAAAGUACGGUCAGCUAGGGCACUCCUUUGAGAACCGCCAUAUUUUGGAUCCAAAGAACAACAAAUUCAUUGGUACUAUUACAGAAGGGUCCCCAUCUGUUGAUGGCGGAAUAUACACGACAAUCAGGGGGAGAGCGUAUAUAACGGGUUAUAGGGAGGUUGUUGUUGACCCUGAAGAUCCAAAUCCUGAAGGAUUUAGACUAAAUGAUAUAUGGCCUGACGCGGGGGAUCCUUGUCAAGACUAA